UAUUUGCUUGAGAUCACUUUAGGCACCGUUAAUCCAGAACAGUUCCUAGACUUUUUUUGAAUUUGAAUGCCCCUCAAUUUGGCUUUGUCUGAUGCUCUUUAAUCUGUAUAUUGAAGUCAUAUGUCUUUGGCCAAAUCCCACAGUAGUCUCAUUGAGUCCUUUCUAGUGCCUCAUACCAGGAGGUACAUGAUGUUGACUUGUCUCAUUUUGAAGCCUCAUAACCUUCUGACGGGAUUGUUAUAAAGUGGGUACUUAAGAUAGGUGGUCAGAAAUUCUAUUUUGUAGGAUUCCCUUUUGGUUUCAUUGUUAUAAAAUGGAUACUUAAGAUGAGUGGGUGGGAUAAGAGAUUCCAUUUUUUAGGAUUCUAUUUAUAAGUGAAUAGAGAUCCUACUCUUAGAAAAAUGACAGUCUUUAUAAAUAACUUGUGUGAAAGGUAUAGUCAACAUUUCUGGUAUGUGGAGGGUGCCAGUUUGUGCUAAUUCAUGUUGUUCCAAUCUCUUCCUUCAUAGAUAUAUCAACCACAUGAAAGCAGGGAACAAAACAGGAAUUUUAGUGUUCACCCUCUUUGGACUCUCUGAGGAUCCAGAACUGCAGCGCCUCGUCUUUGGACUGUUCCUCUUCAUGUACGUGGUUACAGUGCUUGGGAACUUGCUCAUCAUCCUAAUCAUCAGCUUUGACUCCCACCUCCACAUCCCCAUGUACUUCUUCCUUUCCAACCUGUCCUUGGUUGACAUCUGUUUCAGUACCACCAUAGUCCCCAAUAUGCUGGUGAGCAUCCAGACAGAGAACAAAGCCAUUUCCUACAUGAACUGCCUCACUCAGGUAUAUUUUUCCAUGUUUUUUCCUAUCCUGGACACCCUACUCCUGACCGUAAUGGCCUACGACCGGUAUGUGGCCAUCUGUCAGCCCCUGCACUACAUGAUCAUCAUGAGCCCUCGUCUCUGUGGCUUGCUAGUUUUUAUUACUUGGUUCAUUGGUGUCAUGACAUCCCUCCUCCAUAUCUCUCUGAUGAUGCAUCUGAAUUUCUGUAGAGAUCUUGAAAUUCCACAUUUCUUCUGUGAGGUGACACAGAUCCUCAAGUUGGCCUGCUCUGAUACCUUCCUAAAUAACACAUUGUUAUAUUUUAUGACUGGUGUCCUGGGUGUAUUCCCUCUUUUGGGGAUCCUAUUCUCCUACUCAAGAAUUACUUCAGCCGUAAAGAAGAUGUCCUCAUCGCAGGGAAGGCAAAAAGCAUUUGCCACCUGUGGGUGUCAUCUCUCAGUCGUUUCUUUAUUUUAUGCAACAGGCAUUGGGGUCUACUUCACUUCUUCGAUGGUUCACUCUUCCCAGAAAGUCUCAGUGGCCUCAGUGAUGUAUACUGUAGUCACCCCCAUGCUGAACCCCUUCAUCUAUAGUUUGAGGAACAAGGAUGUGAAGGGCGCCCUGGGAAGGCUUCUUAGCAGAGCAGUCUCUUGUCUGUGAUAAAUCCAUUGGUCCUGGGACUGAGAAGUUUUGUGAGUACCAGUGUCAAAACCUUUUAUUCUGAAAUUCUUACUCUUGAGUAUCUCAAACAAUCUUAUUCUUUUAUCCCAAUUCUUAAGGAUCUGUAUGUGGAGGGUGCCUCUCUUAUAGUUUUUUUAUACACAUUUAAACAACUAAUCUCAGGUGAUUUCUUUGAUGUCUUUUUUUGUCCUAUUGGUUGUCUAAAAAUUAUGUCCUUGGUCUUAUUCCUUACUUUCACACUAGAGAGUUCUAAACUUCGAUUUAAGGCAAGUUAUCUUUGUUAUUUCAAAAGUUGGCCUAGAGAGCUUAAAGUGAUUGUUCCCUUUAAUUAUUUCUGUGUUUGAUUGUGAAUUGUGUUAUUUGUGUGUAUAACCAACAGUGUUUUUGUUGUU